AUGCAUAUCGAACCUGGAGAACAGAAAGCCGUGUACAUUCACGACUCCAAUGACGAUCAGGUCGCUAUGAAGGGGAAAUCUUCCUUCGUUAUCACUAUCAAAGCUUUCGUCGCUGACCUCGCUAUCGUCGCUUUCGCCGCUUCUGCUGCGUUCUGCCUCGCCGUCUCGACUCCUGAUUCCAGUGUCGCCGCUGGCUUGCUGACUGAUGUCAACUUCGCGGCCCGUGGCUGCGGCUGCACCAACCUUGGGCCCUUGAAGCUGCCGAUACUUUUCAGUGGCCAGUCGAGUAGAAUCACUCCUAUGUUGAAUCGAAACAUUGUGAUGACGCCAAUUGUCCUCAGUUCGUGCACCCGAACGAAGUUGAUGACUUUCGUCGAACGCGUUGUCGAGGCAUUCCUCGCGGAACUGAGGAAUAUUACCUUGAUCUUCGCCUUGCUGGAAUUGCGUGACUAUCCUUCCAGAUGA